AUGAACUAGUAUCUAUAGAUUCUUGAAAAAAUUGAUCUGUUUGGAGUUUAAAUAUCUGUUCUAACAAAUAAAAAUUAAGCAACCUUUCAAAGCAAAGUUGGAGGAGUGAUAUCAUUUAUUUUGAGUAGCUUAAGCUUUUCUUAUCUAUUAAUUGUUUUAGUAUAGUGGAUAAAUAAUGAAAUACCUCCUAAUAUCAGUUCAAAAUAAGAAACAAAAGGUUAUGGAGAGUUUUAAUGGUCUGACCCUUUAAUAUAGCUAACUCUUGAAGAUUUUACUACUGAUAUUGAUCCUUUUAGAAAAGAAAAUAAUAUUAUUACUCCAUUAUUAUUUAAAUUGGAAAAUUUUGGAAUUAAAGAAGAGCCUAUUACUUUAUUUAGUGAGGAAUAGUAUUUUUCCGCAUUAUUUGUCAAUAAUGGUUCUUUGGUUUUAAAUAAUGCAUAUAAAUAAGAUGAAAACCAUUAGCCAUUAAAAGAAUAUUUAUUAGUUUUUGCAAUAUGUACAAAUAGUUCAUUAAAAAAUGGAGGUUAUUGUGCUGAUGAGAAAACAAUUACAGAAUAUUUAUCUACACAUCAUGGAUUUUUGGUCUUAACAAUUCGAUUGAAUUAAUUUAAUUAUGUCUAACAAAAAUUAGAUAAUUUUGUUAAAUCAUAUUAUCAAGCUUUUGAUCCCAGAAAAUCUUCCUAUUCUUAAGUUAUGUUAAAAUAAUAAGAAACAAUUCUGGAUGAUGGAAUUUUGUUUAAGAAUGAAAAGUAAUAUAACUUUUUAAAUAACUAUGAGUUAACCAAUUAAGAAGUCAACUCAGAGUUUAUGCGAAAUACUAUUGCUUUUAUCUCAAAUAAAAAUCCUGAAUACAAUAUUUCUAGUUCCUAUCUUUUUAGAAUAGACAGUAUAUCCAUCAAAGAAGAGAUUACAAUGCCAAAACUUGGGUAGGUCUUAGCUUAAAUUGGUUCUAUAGUUUAAUUAAUAUUUAUAUUAAAGUAUGUGGCAAUAUAUUAUAAUAAUAAAUUACUAGAAAAUUAACUGUUCCAUGAUAUUGUUUCAAUGUACUAUCCAGAUUUAAAAAAAUUUUAAAUAAACAAUUCAAUUAAAUUGAACUUAAAGAAGAUCUUAAUUAAUUGAAGUUUCCCAUUACAAAUUUACAAUCAAUUUAUAUUACUUUAUUAAAACGAGCAAAAGAAAAAUGCAGAUUGAAUAAUAUUCUUUAUGAAAUUUCAAGAAUUCAAUUUAUUCUUGAAUAAUAAUUUGGAAAUCGUAUUUUAUAGAGCAGUCACCAAUUAGGAAGGAAGUUUACCAAACAUAUUAAUGAUAUAGUAUCUGAUAAAAUAACUGAAUCCAAUCGAUUAGUUGUCUGGCCUGCUGAUCAAAUUAACCAAGAACAAGAAUAAGAUCUAAUAUUAAAAGAACCCUUAGAUUUACUUAUAAAACAGGAAUGA